CCAUGUCGGAAUUUGCAGCGUAUACAGCCAAGGGUACUAAGAGCGCGUCCGCACAUGGCCCAACUACCAACGGCAGCAGCAAUAGCAUAACAUGGGGUGCUGAAGAUAACCCUGCCGCCCCUUGACUUCCGUUCCGAUGUUCACACUACGCCCACAGCUUCGAUGCUGCGAGCUAUCCAGCAAUGCACACUGCUAGACGAUGUGACCAUGGAGGACCCCACCACUUUGUCCCUGGAGCGCUUCAUUGCCGACCUAGCAGGCAAAGAAGACGCCCUGCUUGUACUGUCUGGUACGAUGGGCAACCAGGUUGCGCUGCGCACGCAUCUGACUGCCCCUCCGCAAGCUGUUCUAUGUGACCGACGUGGACACAUCAUAAAUUACGAGGCUGGCGGCGUGGCGAGUCUCAGUCAGGCCAUGCUGCAGCCCAUCGACGCCAAGAACGGUACAUACAUCACACUGGAAGAGGUGCAGAAGUACGCCGUUAUCUCUGACGACGUUCAUGCCUGCCCUACACGCGUUAUUUCGUUAGAGAACACGCUCAACGGUGCCAUCAUGCCUCUCUCCGAGGUGCGUCGCAUAUCUGCCUGGGCGCGGGAGAGCGGCAUCAUCAUGCACUUGGACGGAGCUCGUCUAUGGGAGGCGGUUGCCGCUGGUGCCGGCACCCUCAAAGAGUUCUGCGCCGAAUUCGACAGCAUAAGUCUGUGUUUCAGCAAAGGGCUCGGAGCGCCAAUCGGCAGUAUUAUUGUAGGCACAAAGGCUUUCAUCAAACGCAGCCGCUGGAUUCGAAAGUCCAUCGGCGGCGGCUUGCGACAAGCAGGUGUCGUUGCAGCACCUGCACGUGUCGCGGUCGAGGAGACCUUUUUGGGUGGUAAGCUCACGCAGUCACACGAAAAUGCGAAGAAGAUUCAGAAGAUCUGGACCGACUUGGGAGGCAAGCUACAAUACCCUGUUGAUACGAACAUGGUAUGGCUCGAUCUCGAGGCCCACGGCAUUGACAUUGAUCACUUCAUUGAGCUUUCGGAACAGUACGGUGUCAAGGUACGUGGUGGCAGAUUUGUCGUACACUACCAAGUUGGCGAAGAAGCAAUUGAGAGGCUGCGCAAAAUAUUUACAGACAUCCUUCAUGGCACAGAAUCACCAGGCAAGUCGCAACAUGCUGAGCAUGACCCUGAACUGUUGAAGCUCAAGGGAAAGGGGAUUGAGUAGGAAGGCGCGACAUGAGCUUUAAUGAAAGCCGUGAUUGACUAUCAGACGAUACGAAGCAAGUCGGGCUUGAUAUGAAUAACGCUAAGUAAUUGUCCGUAGUUCCGAGCACUCGGAAUUGUCGGUACAUAAGCUUUACCAAGACGCACUAAAUUACGUUAUAUGAUCCAUGGAUCCAAUGUAGUCGUCUACAAUGAAAUAAACUCACCCCAAAC